AUGAAUCGAUUUCGAAAUGUUGAUAGCCGUCUUAAUAUUCAGAUACAGAUCGAAAUUGGUUUUGUAAAAUUGAAUAAAUUGGAAUACGCAGAAUUGCAUUCAUUUAUGACGCUAUUUGCGGAUUGUAGAGAUCUUGUAAACUUUCAAUUUAACAUUCAUCGAUAUAAAACAAGACCACAACAAAAACUUGUUGAUGGACAUGAUGCUUGA